AUGAGGUUCCUUUGGUUGUCUUCCUGUAAAUUGAAAGAUCAAGCUUGCCAAGAUGUUGCACGAGCAUUGCCUCACAUGGUUUUGGAAGUUAUCAACAAUGACGAAGAUGUAGUCGAGGAUAUUGGAAUAUUGUACAUGUCUUUUGAUAGUUCUACCACUCAGAAUGUCAAACAUGACGAUUCAAUUGGUAAUAACACCCUUGCUUCAAAUUCAAGCAUUAGUUGUUCUCUUAAUAGACUUACUAAGGAGAACACCUAUACUGGGAACGUUGAAGGAGAGACUGUUGACAAACUUUCUAAAAGUUGCAAUAGUUCAGGUUCUCAGUGUUCAUUGCCAAAUGAAAGGAAAUUAUUGUCUUCUGAAUUAAAUACUUGCGACAUAGAAUGUGAAGCUACAACACCGCCAAUACCUGCAUUGGAGAAUGAUAGUUUCUACAACAAUGACAAUACAUGUUCUUUGAACAUAACAAGUGCUUCCAAAGUUGAUACUUUGUCUCUCUAUGAAUCCUUGGGUUAUGGACCUGAUGAUUUGGAAGAAUGUGUUGCUGUUCUACAUGACUUGUAUUUGUCAAGAAGGGUUGCAUCCUUGAAAGUUGUUCGAGACAAGUACAAGCAGAACAAGUUCAACAGUUCACAACUUACACCAACGCAUGAUGCAUAUACAAAUUCAUAUGACCAGAGUGCAAACACUGAUGCUAGAAAGACAAGUGGCAAUAACUCCGCAACAUUAGGCAUGCCGGACAUAGAAAUCAAAUCUUCAGGGGAUGGAAGUCAAAAAAUGGAUUUUAGAGAUACAUAUUUUGAAAACAAGACUUCCUUUCCUACUGGGAGACAAAAUUGGAACAUGGAAUUCAAGGAUGCUGCAGAAUCUGUUGAUCAUGCAACCAUGGCUGGAAAGCAGCUGUAG